UCGGAUGCGUAUAAUCCGAACUGUGUCAAUUGCGGAGGCAGUGGUGAUGGUGGUGGUGGUGGUGGUGACGGCAAACCCGGGCAGAUCACAGUCUACAUGUGUCCUCAUCGUCGCGCCAAAACUACACGCUCCAAAGUUCCUUCACAAGCGUGUCCGUCUGGUUCGGAAAACGGACCUCUGUCAGAUGAGACCGUCUCUGAUGUCACAGAAGCGGAUACUGCACCCUCGAAUGACAAACAGAAGUCUGAUGACUAUUCACGCAAUCCUCCGGACAUGGACUUGGCGGUAUGUGAUCGGUGCGGUCUACUCCUGCGUUCUGGCUGCCGCGUGUUCGGGACAUCUGCAUGGGAAGCCGUACGAGAAAUCCGCUUUCGGGUGUUUUGCGCGACGCAACUCACGUGCAGCGCAGGUCAGUAUU